AUGUUGUUCUUUUUAAGUUUGUUCGUGGCUGCGUACGCGCAGGAUCAAGAUAAGCUCACUGUAAACACGACGCAAGGUUUCGUCAUCGGAAACCGUGCAGCCGAUGGAAAUUAUUACACGUUUUAUGGGAUACAUUAUGGUGGUUCUACGGCUGGCGAAAAUAGAUUUAAGGCACCCACACCUCCACCAGUUUACCCGGGUGAAUAUCACGCCAUAGACAACAAUAUUAUAUGCGCACAGCCCACACAAAGAGGUCUCGUAGGAGUCGAAGAUUGCUUAGUCCUCAAUAUAUUCACACAAAACGCUACCCAAAGCAACAGGCCAGUAAUAGUUUGGCUCGAAAGCGAAGAAUACACCACGAGCAGGCAAGAAUCUUACUCUUUCAAAAAGUUAGUGGAAGAGGAUCUCGUGGUCGUCUCAAUAAACUACCGACUAUCCAUAUUUGGAUUCCUCUGCUUGGGAGUACCAGAGGCUCCCGGGAACGCUGGUAUAAAGGAUGUGAUACAAGCCUUGAACUGGAUUCAGAAAAACAUUGCAAAUUUUGGAGGAAAUCCGAACAACACCGUGCUUCUCGCUCAUGGUUCGGGUGCAGCUAUAGCCGAUUUGAUUACGUUAUCGCCUUUAUCGCAAAAUUUAGUGCACAAAGUUAUAGCCAUUAGUGGAUCAGCUUUAUCGCCCUGGGCUGUAGCGUACGAGCCAGUAAAUUAUGCGGAAGCCUUAGCCGAAAAACUGUCUUACAGCGGUAAAUCGAGGGCAGAUUUGGCAAAAUUGCUAACGUCAAGUGACACCACUAUUAUUAUUCCCGCACUAAAUGAUUUUAAAUUCUUUAACAACACCCCACUAUUCGCUCCAUGUAUUGAGGACCCUAGCCUAGGUGAAGAUAGGGUAUUGACAGAUGCGCCAAUAAACAUACUUAGAAGUGGCAAGUAUAAUCACGUACCGUAUAUUGGCGUAUUUGUUGAUCGUGAAGGGACAAUGAGAGCGAAAGAGGCUGCAGUGGAUAAUUGGUUGAGUGUAAUGGAGAGUAAUUUUACGGAUUUCGUUCAAGUCGAUUUAAAAUUCGAUGCGGAACAAAAUAAAUCAGCUGAAGUCGAAAAGAUUCGUGAAUUUUACUUUGCAAAGCGCGCUAUUAAUAUGGAAACGAUUGAGGACUUUCUAGACUACCAAGGCGAUACUUUAGCCCUUGUUUCUGUGAUAAGAGCAAUUGCGGAAAGGGCUAAUACUUCAAAAGCGCCCGUCAGACUAUUGGAGUUCGCUUAUAGAGGAACACAUAAUUCAGACUGGGCAUAUCCACAGAUCCCGCUCAAGGGUGCAAGACACGGAGCUCUACUGAACUAUUUAUUCGACUUCGACUUACGUCCGUCUGAUGUUGUUUUGCAGGAGUCGAUCAUACGACGAUUUGUAUCAUUCGCGAAAGACGGAGAACCGAAUCCCACAAACUUCGUAAAUCCAGGUCUCAAGUGGAACCCAUACACUCCUACAUCCAAUAUUGCAUUGCGUAUAAGCGGAGAUGACACGAUAACUGCUGGAAGAAGCUUCCAAGAAGAAGAAAGAUUGAAUAUCCAUCAACAAAGAAUGGAGUUCUGGAAUAACAUGUACCAGAAGUUCUACUAUCCACCACAACCUACCUCGUCAGCAGGACAGCUGCUACGUUUCACUUUUAUUGUUAUGCUCAGCCAACUAAUUAUUAAGUUACUUUAA